GGGCCCGAGGAGGGCCUCAGCUAUACUCGGCUGGGAAGCGCCCCGCGCGGCGCGGUGGCUGCGCAGCCCCGGCUAGCGUGAAGGGGAUUUGCAGGAGCCUCCCUUCACCGCCACUUCUGGGGUGCCCAGAAUGGAGACUCAUUGUCUUGAAUGAACGGAUAUACAUGUACAGCAAAUCUGGUCUGGGUCACUUAAUGCCUUCUUUAGGCUCUGCUUAGCUUGAGGACAUGAGCUAAAGACUACUGCCUGCAUUUUUCAGGAGGGCUUUUUAACUAUAGGAAGUAGAGUCCAUUGUGGGGUGGGGGUUUUUGAAAGCUAAGUUGUGUGGGAUGACAGGAAGGGAAUAAGGGGUUGUUCCCGACCAGUUGGAACUGACCACUCAGCGAGUUGGGGAGAGGGGUCAUGGAGAAUGAGACCCUGAGACAGCAUCUCCAGGGUGGGGACAGUGGGGAGGCAUUCUGGGGGGCUGUAUAUUGACAUCUAAGAUCAAAAUUCUGGUCUGCCCUGCAUUCCUGAUAGUCUUUACAUGGGAGAGGUGGGAAAGGCGGGGACCGUGAGCAGUUCUGGCAUCUCCAUGGAAGUUGCUGGGGACUUGGAGACAGACACUGGCACCUGAAAGAAGGCUACUGUUUGCCAGUCUCCCUCUCUCCUUCCCCCCAUCUGCAGCAGGAACAGGGAAACCAGCCUACUGCCCUGUUAAAGCCUAAACUGUCCCCAUGUGUGAUCCAGGGAGGCCUGAUUCUGUGCUCCUGGACAGCUCCCUGACCCUGUCUGGGUUUGUUCCUCCACCAAGAAAAUAGGGAUGCAUGCCAUCUGCUGCUCCCCAUUCAGAAUCCUGACUUAUUUUGGCAUGCACUGAGGCCCAUAUGAAAGGGCAGGCCAGGUUCAGAGGGGCUUUGUUGGGUGGCCCAACUGCCCCCGCUCCUUCCUUAACUGAGGGCCGAUGCCCCAGAAUCCUCAGGAGAAGAGCCAGGCUUAUCCCCGCCGUCGGUCUGGGAGCCACAAGGGCCCUAAGAGCCCCAAGACCGCCACAGCAGCAGCCAUGUACACCUUCCUGCCUGACAACUUCUCACCUGCCAAGCCCAAGCCAUCCAAAGAGGUGAAGCCACUGCUGGGCUCCGCGGUGCUUGGGGGGCUGCUGGUGCUGGCUGCAGUGGUGGCCUGGUGCUACUACAGCGCCUCUCUACGCAAAGCUGAACGCCUACGUGCCGAGUUGCUGGACCUCAACCGCGGCGGUUUCUCCAUCCGCAACCAAAAGGGCGAACAGGUCUUCCGCCUGGCCUUCCGCUCGGGCACGCUGGACCUCGAUUCCUGCAGCCAUGAUGGUGCCCUGCUUGGCUGCUCUCGCACAGCCGAUGGACGACCCCUGCACUUCUUCAUCCAGACUGUGAGGCCCAAGGACACAGUCAUGUGCUACCGCGUGCGCUGGGAGGAGGCGGCACCCGGGCGGGCUGUGGAGCACGCCAUGUUCUUGGGCGACGCAGCGGCGCACUGGUAUGGCGGUGCCGAGAUGAGGACCCAGCACUGGCCCAUCCGUCUGGACGGCCAGCAAGAGCCCCAGCCCUUUGUCACCAGCGAUGUCUUCUCCUCCAAUGCUGCAUUUGGAGGCAUCCUCGAGCGCUACUGGCUGUCAUCUCGCGCGGCUGCCAUCAAGGUAAACGACUCAGUGCCCUUCCACCUGGGCUGGAACAGUACGGAGCGCUCACUGCGGCUGCAGGCGCGCUACCACGACACGCCCUACAAGCCGCCCCAAGGCCGCACUGCUGCGCCUGAGCUCAGCUACCGCGUGUGCGUUGGCUCGGAUGUCACCUCCAUCCACAAGUACAUGGUGCGGCGCUAUUUCAACAAGCCGUCAAGGGUGCCAGCACCUGAGGCCUUCCGGGACCCCAUCUGGUCAACGUGGGUGCUGUACGGGCGCGAGGUGGACCAGGACAAGGUGCAGCGUUUCGCUGAGCAGAUUCGCCAGCACCGCUUCAACAGCAGCCAUCUGGAAAUCGACGACAUGUACACACCUGCCUAUGGCGACUUCGACUUUGACGAGGCCAAGUUCCCCAACGCUAGCGACAUGUUCCGCCGCCUACGUGCUGCCGGCUUUCGCGUCACGCUCUGGGUGCACCCAUUUGUCAACUACAACUCUUCUCUCUUUGGCGAGGGCGUGGAGCGUGAGCUGUUCGUGAGGGAACCCACCGGCCGGCUGCCUGCGCUUGUGCGCUGGUGGAAUGGCAUCGGCGCCGUGCUCGACUUCACACGCCCCGAGGCCCGCGACUGGUUCCAGGGGCACCUGCGGCGGCUGCGCUCACGCUAUGCUGUGGCUUCCUUUAAGUUCGACGCUGGCGAGGUCAGCUAUUUGCCACGGGAUUUCAGCACCUACAGGCCGCUGUCCGACCCCAGCGUGUGGAGCCGGCGCUACACCGAGAUGGCGCUGCCCUUUUUCUCACUGGCCGAGGUCCGCGUGGGCUACCAGUCACAGAACAUCUCGUGCUUCUUCCGCCUGGUGGACCGCGAUUCCGUAUGGGGCUACGACCUGGGACUGCGCUCGCUCAUCCCCGCGGUGCUCACCAUCAGCAUGCUGGGCUACCCAUUCAUCCUGCCGGAUAUGGUGGGUGGCAACGCGGUGCCUGAGCGCACAGCUGGCGGCGGCGACGUGCCAGAGCGUGAGCUCUACGUGCGCUGGCUGGAGGUGGCCGCCUUCAUGCCCGCUAUGCAGUUCUCAGUUCCACCCUGGCGAUACGAUGUUGAGGUGGUCGCUAUCGCUCACAAAUUCGCUGCACUGAGGGCAUCGCUGGUGGCACCGCUAUUGCUGGAGCUGGCCGGUGAGGUCACUGACACGGGCGACCCCAUCGUGCGCCCCCUCUGGUGGAUCGCGCCUGGCGAUGAGACCGCGCACCGCAUCGACUCACAGUUCCUUAUCGGAGACACGCUGCUGGUGGCUCCCGUACUGGAGCCGGGCAAGCAGGAGCGGGACGUCUAUCUGCCUGCAGGCAAGUGGCGCAGCUAUAAGGGUGAGCUUUUUGACAAGGCACCGGUGCUACUCACCGAUUACCCCGUCGACCUGGACGAGGUUGCUUACUUCAUCUGGGCAUCCUGACCCAGCCAAGGACCUAGGAACUUCACAACCCUAACCCCAUUCUUCAAGCAGGUCUUUAACCUCCAUCACAACCACCCUGCAGGAAGUCUCCAUCUCUGUACCACCCACUAAGUGGGUGCUGAUGUCAGUGUGCUCAGAGCCAGCGCCUGUAGGGCCAGGGGAGGGGGCAGUGAAGCACCUCCACUCCACCGCACAUUCCAACACCCCCGUUCCCUCCACAGUCACCCUAGCCUGCAGAAAACCUCUUCUUUGGGAUGGAGGUGAGAGAGCUCAAAGGAAAAGACAAGCUCUAUUCCUGUUACACAGGGUUGGGUUUUGAAAGCCCAAAGAGAAACCUCACCCUCCAUCUUGGCCUGAGCAGCCAUCUUUGUCCUUCAGAGAUGGGAACUUGAUCCUCUUUAAGGUCCCAAAAUAGCUCCCUGCCACACUUAGAAAGGGCACAUUCUUGGUGUUGGAAGGCAGGCCCUGAGUUCCCAGCACUGGCCUGAAUUGUGGUUGGUCCCACCUCAGCAGGGGAGAAAGAAUGGAGGUGCUCUGCCAACUGAGGAGAAAGCAGAAGGUCCCCUUCCAGGGGGAAGGAGUGGGACCAGCCAGAGCCAUCAUCAUUGUUCCUCAUUUAUGAAGAGACUCCUAACACUGCACUUACCCACCCAUCUGUGUACACACAUGGGCUUAGCCCUGGGCCGGGACCAGGGCCAUAGCCUGAUGGUCAAGGACUUGCAAGACCAAGCAGGCCAGACUUGGUGCCUUACCUCAAGAACCUGGGUGUGUGUGUGUGUGUGUGAGAGAGAGAGAGAGGUGGGGGGACGCCAUGUGUCCCUGGAUCUACAGAACGAACACAAGACUGCUGAGGCUGGCUGAGCCUGGAGGGAAGGAGGCAGGGGGCAGGGAGCAAAUCUGGGGCUUUGAUUAUUGAGCUGGCCCCCUCCCAGGUGAUGUCCCUGGGACCCUAGUAGGAAAUAAACAGCCCUUUCAAGACUCCUUAGCUGCCUCACUCCCUGCACACAUGGCAAGGGUGUGACCUAAAAGGGAGUUAUGUUCUUGUUCUGGUGGUGAUGUGCUUUAGCACAUGAACUACAUGUGCACAUCAACACCUGUAAAUACUCAUACUGGGUAAGGUUUUUCAUUUCAGCCAUUUUCCCUUUCUAAGAAGAGCAAUCUCAGCCAGAGUGAGUUCUGCUGACUUUGCUGCUGAGUCUGGGGAAGGAUUGGCUUGCCAGAGAGGGGAGGUGGGAAACAGGGCAGGGCUCAGCUUCCCUCAACAGCCCGGAUGGCAGUCCCUCACCCUCUAGAGAAUGCAUCCCUUUGCCCACUCCUCCCUGCUCUAUUUUCUGCGUGAAGAAUGCCUAAUGAAAGUUUGGGCACUCACAGAUGCCCAUCUCAAAGUGCUGAUUCUACCACUUAUCUACAAGCUGUGUGACCUUGAGCAAACUGCUUAACCUUGUUGAGCCUGAGUUUUCACAUACGUAAAAUGGGAUAAUAAUGCCUACCUCCCAGGUUGUUGUGGGAAUCAUAAGCACAGAUGUGUGUAAAGUGCCUGGCACAAGUAGGUGCUCAAUAAAAGGUAGCUAUUAUAA